GGGCGGCAACGGUCGAUUUUUGAAUCGCAGGCAGGCACCUUUGUCGUCUACUCUGGUGGUUGUCGGCAUAUGAAGGUCCAGCGGCCCUAUCCACCGGCAUGCCAAAAGAAACUUCUGCAGUAGUCGCGUGGAAGGGUGGAUGUCUGCGAUUGAAUUGAUGGCAGACAUGCACAGGAGAUUGCCUCUGCUGGUGCUCGCUGUGGUCGUCUUCCUCUUUGUCGUCUUCCUCCACGUGUGUUUGUCGUGUCGGCCGUGGAGGCAACGUCGCAAGCGGAGGGCAUCAACAAAACGGCAGGGAGGGGAACGUUCGAUGGCGGGCAUGCAGGCACGCGCGGUUCUGGCUGCAGGUCAGGGAAGAAGACGACCUGCAACGGCGAAGCCUCGAUGGCGGUACGACCCGUCCAUGUACACCAAUCUAGAGUCAUGGGUGACGCCACUGCCCCCGUCGGACGAGGAGCCGGAGAUGGAAGAACUUCCAACGUUGCCUCUCGCCAGCGGGUCGACGCAGUUGUUGUCACAGACGGUGCGAGCAGGUGGGUCAGCUAGCAACGAAGGCGGCGAGUUCACCUCACUCCUGCACCAAGGCUUGGGAGACGACGACGACGGAGGACUUGAUCUCAGGUUCGGGUUGUGUUCUGGCGGCGCUAGGGAGGCGAGCCGUACGUUCAUCAUCGACGCCGAUCCUUCGCCACGUGGCCUUCAACAUGUUGGAAGUGAUCAUACGGAGCAGUCCACACUUCGUGGUGGAUUGAGGGAGGACGUGGAAGCAAGGGACGACGAUGACGACAUUCCUAUUCGGCCUUUGGGGAAGACGGGUGGGAGGGGGAAAGGACGUUGCAGAGGUGCUGUUCGUGGUCGAUCCGUUGGGUGUGGCGGCAGAGGUGGAGUCAGCGACGACGGCGGGAAGUCUGCGACGUACUGGUCUCCGGAAGACCAAAUGCUCCUGGUCAGAUGCAAGCGGGAGCAAGAGAUGCACCUCGCCGGGCUGAGUCAAAAUUACGGGCGGAUGCGGACCAAGGAGUGGAAGUGGGACGACAUUGCGAAGCGCAUGGCGAACGCGGGGAGGCCUAAAGACGCCGACGACUGCAUGAAGAAGUGGGACAAUCUCUUCCAAAACUACAAGAAGAUACAGAGGUUUCAGAAUGCCAGCGACCAGGCAGAUUUCUUCAGGCUAUCGAAUGAAGAAAGGAAGGAGCACAACUUCAAGUUUCGGAUGGAGAGGGUGUUGUACAACGAGAUCCACGCAGGCAUCCUAGGGAACCAUACAAUUUUCCCUCCCAACGUCGCCGACACCGGAAAUCCGGAAGGGGUGCAGCUGCCAGUCAAGGAGCCGUUGGUGGGGAGUCUGUCGGUAGCGAGGCUGGUGGUGACGGAUGCCCUGAAGAAUGUUCUUCUGCGAGGGACUCCGACAACAACGCAGGCAGGGGGGUUGGAGGCGGGAAGCGGAAGAAUGCGCGUCAACAGGCGUUGGAUGUCGCGGAGGACCACCGUCGAUGCCUUUGUAGCCAUCUCGUCACGCGGAGGAUCUUCGCUGGAGUCGCCGUCCUUCUGUCGUACAUGUGGACAUCCGCCGUCAAUCAUUCCGCCGCGGAGCACUCUCACCGUCGCUCUUUUGUUCUUCUCGUCGUCAAUCGUUUUGCCGCGGAGCACUCUCGCCGAGGUCGUCAUCCUUCUGUCGUGCACGUGUACGUCGUCGUCUACUUCCCGCGGAGGAGAGAUCUUCAGCGUCGUGGGGGGCCAGGGGCAUUCGUCCUCGCCAGGCUGCAGCAACACGGGAGACAAUUUUCUCGCCAGAUCGGUGGGACUUCAAACGACGGUCGACGAAGCACUUCCCGCUCAUCCGAUCGGACCGCCAAGCUCGUCUGCAGAGGUCCCGACGAAGCAUGUCUACGCGAGGGAGCGACCGUGACAGCCCGCCACGCCAUCUCAGCCACGUCAGCGCAACCCGGGUGCUGACGGAGAGUCUGCCCAGUGCGGUGGGGGGGGGGAAGUCGUGGCAGACGCGCGAGCAGUUGGGAGCGAGCCGACAGGUGCUGCGGGUGUGGGUGCUUCAGACGCUGUGGCCCCUGCUGCGACGGCGAGAGAGGAGGCAACAGUUGUGGCGACGGCGAGAGAGGAGGCAACAGUUGUGGCGACGGCGAGAGAGGAGGCGCGUGGCGAGAACAAAAUUGAUCGGGACGGCGGCGAGGCCGGUUCAAGCCGGGUACGUAGGGGAGUGAUGACGAAAGACCUCGUCGAUCGUGCCGUGCUUUGGGUUGAUGACAAAGCUUUCUGGACGACGGGGGAGGGGCGAAGACUAUACAACAUCGUCCACGAAACGAGAGAGUACUUUAUCGCCAUCGCCAGUGGCCUUCCAGCACCUGUCGUCCCUCUGAGCGUCGUCCUGCUCAAAUCCAGCACGAAGGUAGCCAGGAUCACCGACCCAUCACAGCUGCAGCAAGCGAUCUCCUGUGCGGCUGCAGUGGAGAACAUUGCUCUACGCAUCUUGCACGGCUGGAUAUUCAAGUCCGGGAACCUCCCAAGGGGAUACAAUGUGGCUUUCCAGUACUCGCUCGAGUCCGUUGCGACGGACAUUGCUCGUGCAAUGUGGUACGGCGAGGAGUGGUGCAACGUCGUCAGUGCGGCGGUAUGCACGCACACGAUAGAUCUGUCUGUGGACUUGCCACUAUGGUUCGUCGGCGCCAACAUCGAGGACAGACCUGAGGACGACGACAUGGCGGCGUACCAGGAGUCCACCAUCAUCUGCGUCUCGCAUGCAUUCCGCUCGGCGGUGCAAAUGGGUGUGCACAUCGACGGCGACUUCAUCUCGUACAACCGUCUCUGUCAGGUGGAUGACUGCUUCAGGCUUUUGUUGGCGACGUGCAUGUGGAUAAUACGCAUGGCAGGAGACGAUCCGCACAGCCACUACGAAGCUUUCUGCUUCGCGGACCUGGUGGUGAAGCCCACACUCAUCGCAUCCAUGCAUCGGUCCUUCGAUCAUCGACGAUUCGUCGUCCCUGCCGUAAAAGUCGUCACGGAGAGGCUCGGGAAGGCAAAAGCUACGUUUGGAGAGUACCCCGACUGCAUCCCUGGAUGAGCACCCUGCGGCAUUGGUUUCAGGCACAACGCGGGCAUAACGGGGCUGGAGGAUGCGAAGAAGCUAGAUUGGUUGGGUUCGGCCCACCCCGAUGAUGACAACAACGACGAUGGAAAAGAUGACGCGUAGGGGGUGGGGGGAGUGGGGGGGUGCACGAUGGAAAAGAUGACGCGUGGGGGGUGGGGGUGACGGGGGGGGACGCGGCGCUUGUGUGAACGAGGGCGCAUGUACACGUGGGUGGUCGUGAUGGGCUUCACUGUGGAUGGAACAUUGUGCAGUGCGCACCUGUUUAAUGUGUCGGUCGGAGGGAUUGCCCAGAAUCG